GGAGGAAGCACAACACAGACAGAGAGGCUGGGGUUGGCAGUGACCAGGACUAAGUUCUCUGGGCCCCCAAGGAGUCUCCUUCAUGGACCCGUGGAUCCCAAGAGGGGCUGCCUCAGCUUAGGAUGGGCAACUGUGUCAAGUCUCCACUGAGAACUCUCUCAAGGAAGAUGCGCCAGGAGGAGAAGAGCAGCUACAUGGUGGUGCAGAUGAGUGAUGAGGCGCUGGCGGCCGGCACCGAGCUCCCUGGACCACUCCUGAUGCUGGCCCAGAACUGCGCUGUCAUGCACAACCUGCUGGGCCCUGCCUGCAUUUUCCUGCGCAAGGGCUUUGCUGAGAACAGGCAGCCUGACAGAUCACUGCGACCAGAGGAGAUUGAAGAGCUCCGAGAGGCCUUCAGAGAAUUCGACAAGGACAAGGACGGCUACAUCAACUGCCGGGACCUGGGCAACUGCAUGCGUACCAUGGGCUACAUGCCCACCGAGAUGGAGCUCAUCGAGCUGUCCCAGCAGAUCAACAUGAACCUGGGUGGCCAUGUGGAUUUUGAUGACUUCGUGGAGCUAAUGGGGCCUAAACUCCUGGCGGAGACAGCAGAUAUGAUUGGAGUCAAGGAACUGCGAGACGCUUUCCGAGAGUUUGACACAAAUGGUGAUGGGGAGAUAAGCACCAGUGAGUUGAGAGAAGCCAUGAGGAAGCUCCUGGGUCAUCAGGUGGGACAUCGAGACAUAGAGGAAAUUAUCCGAGAUGUGGACCUCAAUGGAGAUGGACGAGUGGACUUUGAAGAGUUUGUCCGGAUGAUGUCCCGCUGAAGCGGCGAGGACCCCUCCAGGACUGCCAAGCUCCCACAGGCAGGGAGAAGAGGAGCCAGAGCUCGCCUUACCUUGCCGUAGCCGCCGAGAGCCCAGGAUGUACUGGCGGAUGGGGCCUGCUUGCACCCGGGGAGGUGCCUGUCCUGGACCCCCCACCCUUCCGCACUGUGAAAGACUCACAACUCCUGCAACUGGAAAAGGGGGCGCCCGCCAACGAGGAGGCCACAGUGCCAAGAUGGCAGAGGUCAUGCCAGGCGCCAAGUGCCAUGUACCCAGUCGCUGCUGGCUGGGUGGGCCAGGGAGCCCGCCAGCAGACCCUACACAGCAUGUCCGCCCCGGGGCACAGCCUCUUGCCACCCUCCUUACCUCUGUGCCCAUCCCAGCUCGCCUCAGCCCUAUUAUCUCAGAACCAAUAAAAACAUUUCCAAGAGAAAGACA